CAUUUCUCCUUGUGCUAUCAUCAUGGCGGAGGCCUGGGAUAAACCGUCCUUUGCCGCCAGGCGAUACCACGAGACGACAAGGGAAUCUGCGUUUGCUUACACAAACAGCAAUAAUACCAGAGUAAUGUGCUUUUACAACUUUUGUGAACUCAACAAAAUAUUUAACAUUAUCAUGGCAUUUCUCAACUGGAUUCUGGUCAAUCUCGCCAUAGCUGAUCUGGGAGAAACGGUUUUUGCCAGCACUAUCAGUGUUUGUAACCAGUUUUUUGGGUAUUUUAUUCUCGGGCACCCAAUGUGCAUAUUUGAGGUGUACACUGUCUCAGUUUGUGGUAUCACUGCUCUCUGGUCCCUGACGAUCAUCUCCUGGGAGAGAUGGAUAGUGGUAUGCAAACCAUUUGGAAACAUCAAAUUUGAUGCCAAGUGGGCAACAGGCGGAAUUGUGUUCUCCUGGAUCUGGUCAGCCGUAUGGUGUGCUCCCCCGAUCUUUGGAUGGAGCAGGUACUGGCCUCAUGGACUGAAGACCUCCUGCGGACCUGAUGUAUUCAGUGGAAGCGAAGACCCCGGUGUUCAGUCCUACAUGAUCGUUCUUAUGAUUACUUGUUGCUUCAUCCCGCUGGCUAUCAUCAUGCUGUGCUACUUUGCUGUCUGGUGGGCUAUCCGAACUGUUGCCUUGCAGCAGAAGGAAUCGGAGUCCACUCAGAAAGCGGAGAGAGAAGUAUCCAGAAUGGUUGUCGUCAUGAUUCUGGCAUACAUUUUCUGCUGGGGACCGUACACCUUUUUUGCCUGCUUUGCUGCGGCAAAUCCUGGAUAUGCUUUCCAUCCUCUCGCUGCAGCGAUGCCGGCGUACUUUGCCAAGAGCGCCACGAUCUACAACCCGAUCAUCUAUGUUUUCAUGAAUCGACAGUUUCGCACAUGCAUCAUGCAGCUCUUUGGCAAACAAGUAGAUGAUGGCUCGGAAGUAUCCACGUCAAAAACGGAAGUCUCCUCUGUGGCUCCAGCUUAACGUGCUCAGCUCCUGAAGAUUUGGGAACCGUCAAACUUUGCACACUACAAGUUCUUGUCGAUUUCUAUGGAUGUUUGUCUAGUACAGUAUAUCUAGCUUUCUGGCAAAUGAGAAAAACAAACAAAAAAAUGCAGGCAUUCAAUCUCUUGUUGUCUUUCUUUAAUCAUAAAGCUUUCAUAUGUUUUCCAUUUACAAUAGUGCUUGAUGAGACUAAUAAAUAAUUUUUUAAAUGUAUAAAGGUAC